ACACCCAACAAUGUCACAUCAAUGUUAAGAUGUAAUACAUAUUGACAAAGCACAACGAAGCACUACAACCUCUUCUGGGUCCCUCUCACAAUGAAGCUGCCAGGCCUGAUUGAGCUUAGUCUCAUAUUUAUCCUGGUCUCUAAUUCAAAAGGUGACGAAUGGGCUGUUAAUGUCAACAGAAGAAUUAAUGCAACAUUGGGUUCAAACGUGACCAUACCGUGUUCCUUUACUUUUCCAAGCAACAUCCACACUGAAAACGUUCAAGUUCACUGGAAAAAACAGGGGGUAAAACAUAACCUUAGUAUCAUCGACAAAGACCUAAAUGCAUUUGUUUUUCACCCAAAUGACACAUAUGUGCUUGAGAAGUACAGAGGAAAGACCAAACUCACUGGAAAUAAAAACAAAGGUGACUGCACCCUCAAGAUCUUUAACAUCUCAGAGUAUGUGCCAAAUAUCUAUGUGAGAGUUAUUGCAAAAGACAAUUACAGUUUCUGGAAAAAUACUGUCACCAUUCUUGUGUCUGGUGGUAAACCAGUCAGUCUUAAUACAGAACCAUCACCCAACUUUGAAACAACAACAACAGCCAUGACAGGUUCCACUACAGUGGGCACGGCCAGGGAGGCUUCACUGUAUAUGGCUAUCUUUAUUCCAGUCGCUGCACUUCUGAUCAUUAUUGUUGUCGUUGCAAUCAUCUUUUGCAUAAAAAAAAGAAGGUCACAAUCUUUUACGAGGGAGGAAUCUGGAUAUUAUGAAAAUGUUAGCCGAGCAUCAUCAAACCAAGCCAAAAGAGAAGAAUCUUGCAUAAAACAAGACAACAAUACACUUUCUGAAGUGAAGGCCAUUGAUGAACCUGUCUACAUCAACAUUGAGGCCAUACCAAGUCAGAUGGAUCAACGUAUGGAUCACACAGACAAUAUAUAUGGAAAUGUGGAUUAUGAAAAAUAGCAGAAAAGCUAGAUCUCUCUGGGGUUUUGCAGAAUUUUCUGGUAUGGAUGUUCUUGUCUUACUUUUUAUUUUUUUAAUCUCUUUUUCAAGGGAGACCUGGCCCUGACAGGCAGCAGCAUAAAUACAAACACAUAAACACAAAAAGACAACAAAUGAAUAAGAACUUAAAAUCAAACAAUGGGGGUUUAUAUUUCAAAAGAGAAAUAAAAAAGGUAGAGCUGGGAGUCAAACUUACCUGCUCCAUGGCCCAUAUUAAAGGCUAGCAAUGUCCCCAUGUAGCUGUGAGCAUAACAUUGUCAUGACCAAAAGGGAUGAUAGUAAAUCUAUUAAAAUAUAACACAAGUUAAAUAAUAUUUUUUUUUAUCUAAGCCUAUUGCCUUACCUUACAUGACAUAGGAUCCUCUGUUUUUUGUUGUUGUUAUUGUUUAUAUGUUGCAGUACAAUAAACCCAGAGGGUCAGAGCUGUUAGCUUGCCAAUGUUAGUGCUGAACUGCACCACUGAGGAAAUGAUACCAAGCAUUUAGCACAUCUGUUUUAUCAAGUUGUUUGUAACAUCUCCUGACUGGAGUAUUGUUUUUUGUGGAAUCGAUUCAUGUUAACUUCUAUGUACAACUUCACUUAACAAACUUUGGGUUCAGUGAAACAAUACAUUACGUUUUCUAGUCUUUCUCAACAUGUUUGCCAAUUCACUUCUGUGCUGGAGCUGAAACUUCUCUUUUCUUUUCUGAUUCAGUUUCCUAUUUAGACAUGAAGUUAUUAUUUGUAGUGUGACAUUAAAUGUAAGGACGGCACAAAACAAUACAUGGAGGUCAUUGCUUGUCCACAGCGAUCUACAUAGCCUACUGUUCUUGUGCAGCAUUGUGGUCUAUAAAACUGAACUAAUAGCAGCCAACUGUUAUUCUUGGUUCCUGAAGUAAAUCACUUUGGAUAGCCGCUGGUUGCUGUAAAGUGCUAUAUAAAUAAAUGCUGAUUGAACUGGCUAAACAAAUAAAGAGGCUGUUAUUGAAACUGUUAA